CAAGGGCACCUCAGUUCUCAGUCUGCACUGGACUCCACCAGCUCAGUUAGAACUUCAGGGAUCAAAGCAGCCGAGCUGAUUGAUCCAAGGCUGCCUGCACCAUGCUGAAUUUCUGCUGUCCCCAAAUGGUGCUGCUACUCCUGUGGCUGAAAGUUGCUGAAAACAAUCCCACUCAAAGAGGUUCUCCUGGUUCCUCCGCAGACUGUGGCCGGCCCAAACUAUAUUCGCCUCGGAUCAUUGGGGGGCAAAAUAGUGAUGAAGGGGAAUGGCCGUGGCAGGUCAGCCUACGAAGAAAUGGAUUACAUCAUUGUGGUGGAAGCCUCAUCGCAUCCCAGUGGGUGGUGACAGCAGCUCAUUGCAUUAAGGAAUCCCAAUCUCUACAUGAGUAUCAAGCACAUCUGGGAGAGCAUGACCUCCCCCGACCUCCACCCACCAUGGUGUCAUCUGCCAUCAGCCAAAUCAUUUUGCACCCUCAUUAUGCUGGAAGUAAGCUCAGUGCUGAUAUUGCCCUGAUGCGUCUGGAGAAGCCAGUCAGAUUUUCCCAAAGCAUCUUACCUAUCUGCCUGCCCAGUGCUUCAGUCCCGGAACCAUCACCGGUGGGAAUGAAAUGCUGGGUGACUGGUUGGGGCCGCCCCUUUCAAAAAGCAUCUUACAUGGCCCGGACACUUCGGGAAGUAGAGGUGUUGAUCAUUGAUACUGAAGAGUGUGACCAGAUGUACCACAAAAAUGUCAGCAACCUUGAGACUGUGCCGGAGGACUACAAGCUGAUCUACAAUGACAUGGUCUGUGCUGGGUACCCAGAAGGGGAAAAGGACUCUUGCUGGGGUGACUCCGGGGGACCCCUGGCCUGCAAACAGAAUGGCACUUGGUUUUUGGCUGGGGUGGUAAGCUUUGGGACUGGUUGUGCCCAGCCCAGCCGACCGGGAGUCUACACCCGGGUCACCUCCUACAUGGACUGGAUUCAACGCACAAUGGCAGACACAGACAAUGAAAUCCGCCUCAGACCCUCAAGGGCCUCUCAAGGGCCAACCCUCUUCCUUCUGCACCUUCUGUUGGUUUUGAUCAACAGUUUAUUCUGAUGCACACUAGUUCCACCCAUUGAGCUUCAGGAGAGCCAUCCUGCUGCUUUAAUAGGCACGUUGGCACAACCUAAGCCCGGGCUGGAGGCUGGUAUUUUUAGGCUGAGCUUUAACAGGGACAGACACUCUGAAGAAUGCCACUGUCUGAGAGGUCUGUGGAUCACUAGCUCUGUCAUCACGCUUGUUGAAUUGGUGAGCAGCAACAAAACCCAAUCAGGAAAACAGUGAAUAGAAUGAGAAAUGUAAGGUGGCACUUAUUUUUACAAAACAGGGAACAUGAUUGUAGAAAAGAGCAGGCCGAAAAAGCCAAACCAUAGCAUGGAGAAAACACCCCUCGCCACCCCAAUCAGCCUAAAGACACACUAAUAGUUAAAAUAAGGGCUGAGGGAGCUGGUCUUGUGGUCACAAGCAUGAAUUGUCCCUGUUGUUAAGCAGGAUCUGCCCUGGUUUGCACAUGAAUGGGAGACUACAUGUGUGAGCUCUGUAAGAUAUUCCCCUUAGGGGAUGAGGCCGCUCUGGGAAGAGCAUCUGCAUGCUUGCGUGCAGAAGGUAAGUUCCCUCCCUGGCAUCUCCAAGAUAGGGCUGAGAGAGACUCCUGCCUGCAACCUUGGAGAAGCCGCUGCCAGUCUGUGAAGACAAUACUGAGCUAGAUGGACCUAUGGUCUGAUUCGGUAUAAGGCAGCUUCCUAUGUUUCUAUGUUCCACAUGGCUCAGUCUGGGCCCAGCUGCUCCCAGUGGGAUGGAGCAGCUGAGGGAAAGUGGGUGGGGGAGGUGGUGUGGCUGUGAUCCAAUAAAAAUAAUUUAAAAAAUCUCCCUUCCCAAGAUCCCUGUGAGAGAACUGGCUCAUAUUGAGUGUGUAUACCUUGUCUUGGGACCAGGGAUAGAUUGGACUUUUUGUUGCUGAAUGUUUGCAGAUUUUGCAAAGUCAGUUAAUCCAAUGUAGCUAAUCUACAUUACUUUUCAUGCAAAGCCCUUUGUAAUCAAUGCUAUGUUUUGAUGUCUUCUGCUUUAUCUAUUUUAUGGCUCGGUUGGUGGCGACGCAAAACUGGGCCUUUUCUAGAGUUGCCCCGGGACUCUGGAACAUGCUUCCUAAUGAAGACUUUCCCCUUCUCUGCAUGUUUUUAAGAAGGACCCAAAUACAUACUCGUUUAGCCAGGCCUUUAGUUUAGCUUUGGGUUUUAGAGUUUUUAUUUUUAUUUUAAAAUUGUUUUAAUUGUGUCAAUGUUUUAAUGGUUUUUAAAUUGUGAACUACCCAGGGAAUAUUUUUUAUGGGGAGGUAUAGAAAUGUAAGAAAUAAAUAAUAAAACUUU